UUAACCUGAUUAUUGCAAUUACGUUCCAAAAUUGAUCGAAAUUGAUUGUGUCUUGCGUAAUGUUUAUUACUUGCUUUAAACACAUGAGACAAUUAAAAGUUCGGAAAAACACAAAUGGAAAGGGAAAGAUAUAUCCGUAUUAAAGAGAAAGAAAACAAUUUUAUUAUCUUAGAUAAGUGAAAAGCAUAUAUUCGAUUACUGAUCAAGAAACAAUUUAUGGCAAUAUUUAAAUAUAGUAUGGCAGAAGUGGCAGCAAAUUUGAAAUCUGUUUGCGACAAAAUAUCAUAUGCUGUCACGAAGAGAACAUCGGAGUAUCAAUAUUAUGAACCGCGACUGGUAGCUAUUAGCAAAUUGCAAUCUACUGUCUCAAUAGUAUCCGCAUAUGAGGCUGGUCAAAGAAAUUUUGGUGAAAAUUAUAUAAAUGAGUUAGUGGAGAAGGCUUUCAGCCCAUUGAUUCUUGAAAAAUGCAAACAAAUUCGAUGGCACUUUAUAGGCCAUUUACAAAGAAAUAAAAUCAACAAAGUUUUAAGUAUACCAAAUUUAUAUAUCAUUGAAACUGUCGAUAGUGAUAGACUUGCAAAUGCACUCAAUAAUUCAUGGCCAAAAUUUCGAAAAAGAAACGACAGCAAGUUAAAUGUCAUGAUACAAGUUAACACAAGUCAAGAAAAGGAAAAAAAUGGUUGUGAUAUUGCACAAGUAUCAACCCUUGUAAAACAUGUCCUAGAGAAUUGCUCUAAUUUAAAUUUUAUGGGUCUUAUGACAAUAGGAAUGUAUGGGUAUGAUAUUAAAGAUGGACCAAAUCCUGAUUUUAUUUGUUUAAUAAAGUGCAGAGAAAAGAUACAUGAUGAAUUGGGAAUUGAUGUAAAAGAUAUUGAAUUGUCAAUGGGCAUGUCCAGUGAUUAUGAACAUGCGAUUGAACUUGGCAGUACAAAUGUGAGAGUAGGAAGUGCCAUUUUUGGUGCCAGACCACAAAAGAAUAAUCAAAAAGAUAUAAUAUAAUUGAUAUAUUAAUUUUGUCUUGA